UCCUCUUUUUGCGUCUUCACAAGGCCUCCUUCCUCUCGUUUCUCCUGAUGGCGGCCCGCGUCCUCGUCCUCUCGUUUCUUGCCCUCUUGUGGACCCCGCUUGCUCUAGCAGGCACCCAGAACCUCACCAUCGACGACGCCGAUCCCCGUUUCUCGUACUCUCCCUCGGGCAAAUGGACCGCACGGCCAGGUCCGUGCUCAGGCUGCCAGGCCGAGCCCAACUCCAGUCUCGCCUACGAUGGCACCUGGCACGACACGACCUUCGUCAACGGCCAGGACCUUACUCCGUUCAACGCCACGGUGUCUUUCAGCGGCUCUGCGGUCUACGUGUACUGCAUCAUCUCGCAUGCCCAGUCCGACCCCGACGGCAACACCGACAUGCAGUUCAUGAUCGACGGCGAGAUCGUCGGCUCCGCCAACAUACCCCCCACGGGCGAGGCGACCUACAGCUACAACUACCUGGUCUACAGCGGGCAAUUCGCCGAAGGGCAGCACACACUGACCGUCGUCAACGGCCAGGAGGGCGGGCCGACGUCGCUGGCCCUGCUGGACUACAUCAAGUACACAACCGAGGUCGAGCUUUUGCCCUCAUCGACUCCGACUGCGUCAGGCAAUGCUACGGGCCCCGCUUCAAGUGCCCAAGAUACCCAGACUUCCGCCAGUCUGCCGGCAACGACGAGCCUCUCUUCUCACUCGGCGAGUCCAGCCGCGAGCGUCAGGAGCUACUUCAAUUCCGGGAUGGGCACGAUUCUGGUCAUGAUAGUCAUGGCCGGGACGACGUUAUUAUAAUAGUGGCUAUCGUACAAUAUGUACUCUUGGGGGUGCGUCGACUUAUGUGUAUUUUCUGGGGCUCUUUUUCCAUUUAA